AUGCUCUUGAUUUCCAGGGUCUUGGUUGGGGCCCCCAAAGCAGAUUCCAAAUACAGUGCCUCUGUUAAGUCCCCAGGAGCUGUGUUUAAAUGUCGUGUUCACACCAACCCAGAAAGGCGAUGCACAGAACUGGAUAUGGGCCGAGGUAAUACUCAAGGAGCACCCUGUGGGAAGACCUGUAGGGAGGACCGAGAUGAUGAAUGGAUGGGCGUGAGCUUGGCAAGACAGCCCAAGGCAGGAGGAAGUAUAUUGGCCUGUGCACAUCGUUGGAAAAAUGUCUACUACAGGACAGAGUACAUUCUUCCACAUGGCUUCUGCAAUGUCAUUCCACCCAAUCUGGGAUCCUAUGGUAGGAAGUUAAUCCCAUGCUAUGAAGAAUACAAGAAGAAAUAUGGGGAAGAGCAUGGGUCGUGUCAGGCUGGCAUAGCAGGUUUCUUAACGGAGGAACUGGUUGUUAUGGGAGCCCCUGGGUCUUUCUACUGGACAGGAACCAUCAAAGUUCUGAACCUCACUGAUAAUACUUAUUUUAAAUUGAAUGAUGAUGCUGUGAUCGCCAAACGGUAUACCUACCUGGGAUAUGCCGUGACAGCAGGUCACUUCUCUCAGCCGACAACCACAGACAUCGUAGGAGGGGCUCCCCAGGACGGAGGCAUUGGAAAGGUCUACAUUUUCCGAACCGAUAGGAGGUCUCUUUCUCUCAUUAAGAUUUUUCAGGCUUCGGGAAAAAAGAUGGGCUCUUACUUUGGCUCCUCCUUAUGUGCAGUUGAUCUGAAUUCUGACGGACUUUCAGACCUCCUGGUGGGAGCGCCCAUGUUUUCCGAGAUCCGGGACGAAGGUCAGGUCACCGUCUACCUCAGCCGAGGAAAUGGAGUCAUGGAGGAGCAGCUAGUUCUGAAUGGUGAUAAUGCCUACAAUGCACACUUUGGGGAAAGUAUGGCUUCCCUGGGGGAUAUCGAUGAUGAUGGAUUCCCAGAUGUUGCCAUUGGUGCCCCUAAAGAAGACGAUUACAUAGGAGCAGUUUAUAUCUACCAUGGACAUUCUGGUGGCAUUGUACCACAAUAUUCUAUGAGGAUAUCAGGGAAAAGGGUCGACCCAAGAUUGCAGAUGUUUGGCCAGUCUAUUUCUGGAGGCGUUGAUAUGGAUGGAAAUGGUUAUCCAGAUGUGACGAUUGGAGCCUUUAUGUCAAACAAUGUGAUUCUUCUAAGAUCCAGGCCUGUCGUUACGCUGGAUGUGUCUAUUUUCCUGCCGGCAUCCAUUGACAUCACAGCGCCUCAGUGUCACGAUGGCUUGCAAGAGGUGAACUGCCUCAAUGUCACUGCUUGCUUUCGCUUCAAUGGCAAGCAUGUUCCAGGAAGUAUAGAAUUGAACUAUAACCUGACGGCAGAUGUGGCGAAGAAAGAAAAGAUCCAUCCCAUCCGGGUUUACUUUGUGUCUUCCGGAGAAGCAAUGGGUCAGGUCACAGAGACGUUGCGACUGUCAUACAUGCAAGAAAAGUGCAAGUCCUGCCUAGCGUACGUGAAGAGAAGAGUUAAAGAUGUCAUAUCACCGAUUGUAUUUGAAGCUGCCUAUAGCCUUGAUGACCAUAUCACAACAAAAGAGGAGAAGGAACUACCUUCACUCAAGCCUGUACUCCGAUGGAAAAAGGGACAGAAGAUGGCCCAGAGAAACCAGACUGUCUUUGAGAGGAAUUGUCAAUCAGAUGAUUGUGCUGCAGAUCUGAAACUUCUGGGUAAACUGUUCCUAUCCAGUGUGGAUGACAAAGCUCCCUAUCUGGCUUUGGGAGCAGUGAAGAACAUUUCACUUAACAUCUCUAUCUCCAACCUUGGGGAUGAUGCUUAUGAUACCAACGUGUCCUUCAACUUCUCCAGAGAGCUCUUCUUCAUCAAGAUGUGGCAAAAGGAAGAGAUGGGCAUUGCUUGCGAGUUGCUGGAACCAGAAUCGGACUUCCUCAAGUGCAGCGUGGGGUUUCCUUUCAUGAGAUCAAAGUCCAAGUAUGAGUUCAGUGUUAUUUUUGACACCAGUCACUUGUCUGGAGAAGAAGAGGUGCUUUCAUUCCUUGUCACUGCUCAGAGUGGGAACUUAGAGCACUCCCUCCACGACAACACUCUCAUUCUGUCUGUUCCCUUGAAGCAUGAAGUAGACUCGUCCAUCACUGGAGUGGUCUCUCCCAGUUCCUUUGUUUAUGGGGAAUCUGUGGAGGCAUCUCAGUUUAUUCAGCUGGAGGACUUUGAGUGUCACUUUCAACCCCUGAACGUCACUCUUCAGGUCUAUAAUGCUGGCCCGAGCACUCUCCCCGGUUCCUUUGUCGACAUUUCCUUUCCGAAUCGUCUCUCUGCCACCGGAGCAGAAAUGUUUCAUAUUCAACAUAUGAUGGUUGCCCAGGACAAAGGAAACUGCACUUUUCAGAGAAACCCAACCCCAUGCGUCAUUCCUCAAGAAAAGGAGAACAUUUUCCAUACAAUAUUUGCCUUCUUUACAAAGUCUGGGAGAAAAGUACUGGACAGCUCAUCGGUCAUCCAGUUUGUAACGAGAGCAAAGGUGAGGGUGGACCCCACCAACUGGGCAGUAGAAGUGCCCAAUGGUAAUUCGGAAGAUGCAACGGUGGUCUUUGAGGCCUUGCAUAAUCUGGAGCCUCGUGGUUAUGUGGUCGGAUGGAUCAUCGCUAUCAGUUUGCUGGUGGGAAUUCUCAUUUUCCUGUUGUUGGCUGUGCUGCUAUGGAAGAUGGGCUUCUUUCGCAGAAAGUACAAAGAAAUCAUCGAGGCUGAGAAGAACAGGAAAGAGAACGAAGACAGCUGGGACUGGGUACAGAAAAGCCAGUAAACUGCUGAAGGGGGGGGGAGGGACAUUGAAAGCCCAGUCA